AUGCCCCUACAGUGGCAGUGCAGAGUCUUAACCACUGGACCACCAGGGAGGUCCCCAGAAGAACUUCUGUACGACCAAAGCCGCAUGAAAGAUCUCCACGACCCAGUGACCUUUGAGGAUGUGGCUGUGAACUUCACCCAGGAGGAGUGGUCUUUACUGAAUCCUCUGCAGAAGAAACUUUACAGAGAUGUGAUGCAGGAAACCUUGAGGAACCUGGCCUCAAUAGAAAAAAAAUGGGACAAUCAUAACAUUGAAGAUUGGUACAAAACCCAAGGGAGAAAACUAAGGCACAUCAGAUCUCACAGUGGACACAAACCAUAUGAGUAUCAUGAAUAUGAGGAGAAGCCAUAGAAAUGCAAGGAAUGUGGGGAAGCCUUCAGUUACCGCAAAUCUGUUCACAGACAUGAAAGGACUCACACUGGAGAGCGAUCCUAUGAAUGUAAGGAAUGUGGCAAAGCCUUCACAUGGCUCACAACCUUUCAAAGACACAUGAUAACACACACUGGAGAAGGACCCUAUAAAUGGAAGGAAUGUGGGAAAGCCUUUAGUUGUUCCACUUCAUUUCAAGCACAUGAAAGAACUCACACUGGAGAGAAACCCUUCAUAUGUAAAAAGUGUGGUAAAUCCCUCAGGUCUCCUCUAGGUUUGCGAAUACAUGAAAGAAAUCACACUGGAGAAAAACCCUAUGAAUGUAAGCACUGUGGUAAAGCCCUCAGUUGUCCCAGUUCCUUUCGAAGACAUGAAAGGAUUCACACUGCAGAGAAACAAUACGAAUGUAAACAAUGUGAGAAAACCUUCAGUUCUCCUCUAGGUUUGCGAAUACAUGAAAUAAUUCACACUGGAGAGAAACCCUAUGAAUGUACAGAAUGUGGGAAAACCUUCAUUUAUCGCACCACCUUUCAAGGACACAUAAGAAACCACACUGGAGAGAACUAUAAAUGUAAAGAAUGUGGGAAAGCCUUCAUUUCUCCCUCAAGUGUUCGAACACACAUGAUAACACGCACUGGAGAUGGACCUUGUAAGUGUAAGGAAUGUGAGAAAGCAGUUUUCCCAGUUCAUUUCGAAUACUUCAAAGAACUCACACAGGAUAGAAACCCUACGAAUAUGUUUCAGGAGUGGCUAUCUGAUGGACCCACCCCUUUUCCAGGGUACAGUCCCCCUCUGCCAUCCAAACCCCGGGGUGUGUCAGGGCCAAACCAGCCUCUGUCAUCGCUUCACUCUAACACUCAGAUAAAUCCAGCAAAGACAUCAACCCAGGACUACUUUAAGGAGGGCCCCAAUCCCAUACUCCUGCUCCUAAAAGCUUUAGGAAUUCUCAAAACUGCCAUCUCUGGUCGGCUGAACACAGAACUGAGUCCUGGUACGGUCAACAAUGCAACAAAAGGCAGCACAGCUCCCCAGCACCCAGCAGCCCACAGCGCCGGCCCCCAUCAGACAGCAGAGCAGAAACACAAGAAGCUCAAGAAAUGA